AUGAAGCACGCGACCUGUGCAAUGAUUCCGAGAGGAGCUGGAAGCAUUAUAUCAACGUCGAGUGUUGCUAGUGUCAUGGGCGGGCUGGGCCCGCAUGCUUAUACUGCUUCAAAGCACGCCAUUGUUGGGUUAACAAAGAAUGCUGCUUGUGAAUUGGGCAGAAAUGGGAUUAUGGGGAUUAGGGUUCAUUGCAUAUCUCGAUUCAGCGUAGCUACUUCGAUGCUUAUAAACACUUGGAGAAGACUUGAUGAUAACGAAGAGCAAGAUGAGAUUCUUGAACAAGAAGUCGAAAAAUCGAAGGAAUUUAUGAGGAGUUUGGCCAAUUUGAAAGGUGUACCAUUGAAAGCCAAUGAUGUUGCAUAG